GUCUGGGGACUAAUCUACAGAAAGUGCUUGGCUUCUGAAAACCACUUACUCUGAGGAUUGUCAAGGUGUCUUUGAAAUGGCUCUGUGCACAAGAGAAAUAGAAAUGGAAAUGGUUAAGAUGACUGCAAUAGGCGUCCCAAAGGCUACGAGUAUAUAAUGCAAUGUCUCAGCCUAAAGCUGAAUGUAAAAUGUGAUUAAAUGUAAUACUGUGUUUGAAGUGACGUUUAGCCGAGUAUACAAAGAAGUCCACAAGGGGGCGCAUGUAAUUCUACAAUAGGAACCGUUACAUCAGUCUGCCACCUAGUGACCUAAUCACCUAUCCUUUCACUUUACCAGCUCACUUUUUGAUCAUUAAACUGGUAAAUGAAAUAUCGGCAGUGCGGUGCAUUCGCAUUUAUUUUAUAUUAGAUUUUCGUUUUGUGUUAUUGGUGCUUUUGCAAAAAACGUUUCAGAGGAAGGCUAAUUCUACACCAUUUCACAUUUAAAAAAAAGCAUCGUCUGUUUUAUAGGCCAACAUAUAUUUAGCAAAAAGUAUUACGAACACACAAGUCCGUUUUUACUUGGCAUAUUUAUUUCUGGCAAGGAAUGCAGACGUCACAUGUGUGACAUGCGCAGACUCACGGGAGUCAACGAAUAUGCCGGACAAGUAUAUAGCUGUACCAUCCUCCCACUGGAAAACCUUAACCCGUUUCCUCCAUUGGUUGCAAAAGCCAUAUUUGCAAACGUCACAUUGUUUUCUAAAUAUCUCGUUUAUAGCUCACAGAUUAUGCACUAUGUUGGCUACAAGAGCUGUUCAGCUGACAGCGUGAAGAAUGUCAGAGCAUAUAUUCAGAGAGAUGCCGAUGUCUUGUGAUGGUCAGGCAGAUUUGACCCUGUCGAUUCCUGUAAAGGUAACGAAAGGCAAACCACAAAUAUUUUCAUCACGCGUGUCUUUCUUCUGUACUUGCCAGUUUAAUAUUAAAGGGUUUGUUUUGGGUUCAGUUUUAACGAAACACAUUUAACGUCAUCCCCUGAAGCCUGUCUCAUUGCGUUUGCAGUGCACCCAGCCAGCCAUCUCCAUGCAUGAAUAGUCAAGCGGUUAUAUACGUUAAUGGAGCUCUCAUGGAUUCGUAUUGAUUUUCAUCUGCGUGUUACUUCCUUGUUAUGAUAGAGCAGGCAUUCCUGUGUGAUCUCAGAGUAAGAUGGAUAUCCCUGCCUCCAGUCCCACUUAUGGCCAGGAGGGCUUAUGGGGCUGUUACUAUGGCUGGGCCCCCUCGGCGACGCCACCCCUUAACUCUCCAGCAGGAUUCCCAAACACUUUCCAAACACCAUACCAAUGCCAGAUGAAUACCUGUCAGGUUGGACCUGCAUCCUCAAACCCACUCUCUCAUCCUCAACCUGUGGGUCAGACUGGACCACCCCCCGGACUCCAACCAGCAGGCACAGGGGGUCUCCAAAGACCUAACCACUGGAACACUUCAUAUCAGGACCAAAAUGGUGGACUGUUUAGGCCUGCUGCUGCUGCUGAUGUUGCAUACAAAGCCCAGUCAUCUUCAGAGAAAGGCGCACAACCUGAGACUAAACCGACGAGUCCCAGCUCAGAGUCACGGUAUGGUCUCGACCCUCAGCUCCUGCCCAGUGCUGUCCAGGUGAUGCAGGAGGAUCAGACGGAGUGGGAGGGGAAGGCGUUUGCGUCUGAAGCUCCGUCAAAUCUCCCCCCUCUGUCCACCACUGACUGCAUCAUAGAGGAUAAAGGUAACGCCAGCCCGCGCUUCAUUCGCUGCACGACCUACACUUUCCCCAGCGAGGCCCAGUCUGCCCAGCACAGUCACCUGCCUCUGGGUGCCAUUCUGACUCCUCUAGCUCAGCAGCACAAAGCAGAGUGCCCAGUGCCUGUGUGUGAGGAGGGGGGGUGCCUGAGGGGCUGUGUGGAGUGCGGUGCCUACAUGUGCCGCUCCAUGGCCUGGCAGGACUGUGGACAGAGGUUCCACUGCCCCUUCUGUGGCAAACACAAUGAAGUGCCCUGGCAGGUGUACCAGCCAACCGAUGCCCUCAGCCGGAGGGUAGAUGCUGAGAAGAGACCCGAACUGAGUUUGGGCUCCUAUGAAAUACUUGAGCAAAACAAGGAUGAAACGGCCAGUCUUCUCCUGGCUGUGGACGUGUCGGACACUUCACUGAGAGCUGGUCAGUUAGAAUCAAUAUGUCAGCAACUGCACACGCUUGUGGACACUGUGUAUAGGGAGGAAGGGACAGACCAGUGUGGCCUGCGUGUGGGCCUGCUCACCUAUGACCACAGAAUUCACCUCUACAACCUGAGCGCAAGCCUCUCCCGCCCCCACAUGCUGGUCGUCACGGACACGGACGAGCUCGAGCUUCCCCUGACAGAAGGCCUUCUGGUUCCUCUCAGCGAGUGCAAGCACAUCAUUCAGAGUGUGCUGCAGCAGAUCCCUUUAUUUACUUCCGAGUCUCAGGAUUCCACCUACAUUCCUCAAGACGCUGUUGUCUCCACGGGACUCCAGAUUCUUCAGGCAGUGGGAUGUCCAGGGAAGCUGCUGGUCUUCCACUCGUCUCCCCUCAGUGAGAUUCCCAGCAGGCCUGCGUCCUCAGGCUUCUUCAGCUCAACCAAACCAAAGUCGCUUUUCCAGCCAUCUGAUUCUGCUGUUUCAUUGGCCAAAGCAUGUGUCAGUCAAGGCUGCAGCGUGCACCUUUUCCUGUUUGCUCAACAGGAUGUGGGAGGGGCUUGGCCAGGGGACAUUCCCCAUUUGACAGGUGGUGGACUAUUCUACUACAACAGCCUGUUGUCAAAGGUGGAGAAGGAGCGACUGCACUGUGAUCUGACCAGGAUAGUAGAGACAUUCACAGUAUACAAGGCCCAGCUUAGAGUCUUUACCAGCAAAGAGCUCAGUGUGUCCGGUUGCUAUGGCUCAUUCAUCCCCAGUGGUUGCCCAGGGCUUGUUGCCAUGGCUGCCCUGGACUGGCACACAACUCUGGCCCUGGAAUUCACCCACAGCAGACCCCUCAGUGAGGGACGAGGUGUGGCCAUACAGGUUGUCCUGUCUUACACUAAUCCUCACGGGGAGAAGAGAACCAGAGUCCACAGCCUGAGUCUGCGCUGCUCAGCUUCCCUCCUGGACUGUUUCCGUAACAGUCAGGCUGAGACUGUCCUUACGUUCUACUGCAAAAAGAUGUACUGUGCAGUUGUAGAGCGCCCUCUACAGUGCCUGCGUGAGGAACUGCAGGCUGAGGUGACUGAGUUACUGGCCUGCUACCGCAAAAACUGUAGCUCAGUGUCCUCAGGGCAGCUGGUCCUGCCUGCGUUCCUGAAAGCUCUGCCGGUGUAUGUGAACAGCCUGAGAAAAAGUGAAGUUGUGCUGCCUGGUGUCCGCAGCUCAGUGCAUCAGCGUCUACUGCUACGCAGCCGUAUCCUCUCUAUGGACACCAAGAACACGGUCACUCACUUUUACCCACAGGUUUUCGCACUGUGUGUGGGCGAUGAGCACCCCUGUGUGGUAGAGGCUGUGCGCUGCAGUGCCUCUGGCCUGGACCCCUGUGGUCUGUACCUGGCCUACUGCCCCUCAGCCCUGGUCCUCUGGGUGGGCCAGGGUGUCUCCAGGAGAGCCCUGAUGGAGCUCUUCGGCAACUCCUGCUUCUCUGCAGUCACGUCAGGGGAGAUCAAAUUGCUCAUACUGGAUACACCCCUGUCAGUUCAUGUGAGGACUCUCAUAGACACUCUACAGGCAAACUCACCCUUCACUGUAUCGCUUAAAGUGGUCAGGCAGGGAGACAGCUGUGAGGACACCAUACAGCGUCUCCUCAUUGAGGACAAAAGUCCCAACGGUGGAGCCUCGUAUGCCGACUUCCUCUACCACCUCCACAUCAACUCCCUGCGUCUCCUAGUAUGACACUGUGUCCCCACAUGUCUCCGAGUGAGGAAACAGACUGUGAAUCAUCAUUAUGUAAAUCACUGUAAUCUGGGAUGUGCGCCAGUUUCUGUGUGUCCUAAGGCCAAUGGAUGCAUAUGCAUGUGAACAUUGUAAGCAUUACAUGUGUGGUUUUACUAACUAAUUAGUGUAUGUAUGUCAAAGGCUGUACUGAAGUGUCUUGUUGACCCUUUUGACUUACUUUGAAACAUGCAUUUAUUUAUUUAUUUAUAGCUUCUUCUUGUUUAUGUGGAAAUGUACAGCUGAAAUUUUAUCCUGCAAACACUGUAUUUGCUUACCUCCGUUUGUAUUGUUAUUAAAUGCUCCAUUCUAGUCAAA